UAACGUGCGUUGUUACGUGGAGUUGUCGUCAAAACAAAUCUCACAAUAUGGACAGGGCGUUAUGACACCAAGCACUUGGCACAAUGUUACCAGUGGUUUAAAUGUUUGACUAAAGGCGGCAAUAGUUGGCCUAAUCUGCGUGAUUAUCAUCAUGAUUUCGACGGCAGCAUAUUACAUCAUGGGUGUUGCUUUUAUUCUUCUCGAGAUCGGGGCGAUCCUAUAUUUAGGUCGGAAUCAGGGCAUAUUUCUUGCAGGUGAAGUGCAUUUUGGAUUUAUGACAUUGUCAAGGGGCUCAAAUGUCGGUGACAUCGCACUAGCAUCUGGAUACUGGCUGCUUAUAACAGCAGCUAUCCUGAAUGGUGAUACGGUCAAAGAUGGCUUCAUUGUACUUGGAUUUGUGCUGUGGUUUGGAGACGAAGGUGACACGAUAUCGACUAUAUUGAAAGUGGAAGCUAAACUUUGGGCCUUACUUUAUUCGUUAAUCCUCAUCAUUUAUGGCCAAAACAACAUGAGAGAAGCUGAUGGUGAAAAUGACUCAGUGCCUUCUGACCGUGGUAGACAUGGGUGUAACCAAGGCUCCACGACUGCAGUGGCUGGGGGAUCAGCAGGGGUAGCUAUCGCGGCAGGCACUGUACACGGCAAUAUAACAACUACUGAAAAUACAAGUGGAAACAAAGUAGACGUGUCUGGUAAUAUGAGUGGACUCGGACAGAUGGGCACCGGUUUGCUUGGGGAGGGUCAUACAUCUACUUCCAUUAAAUCUGAUCAAUUACGUGACGUGAACGUUAAAACAGAUGUCAAAGAUAAUGUGACGACAAUAACUGGUUCUACUGUCACUGGUGCUUUGUGGGAGCAUAUGUCUGGAGCUAAAAUCCACUUGGAGAAUGUGACCUUUGGCAAAGGUGUUGCUAAGCAGACAACAGUUGGUACGAAGACAGACAUGCAAGAACAUCGUACAUCGUCCUCAUUGGUUGAAGUUGAAGCUACGAUAGAUAUCCUGACAACAACAAUUAAUCAACUGUAUGACAUUGUUCUGAAGAAAGAGGAAGGCAACUCAUCUCGUGAUAUUGACGAUCCCAUGUCCACAGAUCGUAGUGAAACUACACCAGAGCAUGUACCCCAGGGCAAGCACGCACGUGGCAGGUCGCCCUUAAUGAUUUCCGCAAGAGCUGGAAAUAAAGAAGACUUUUUUAAGCUGCUACAAACACAAAAAAUAAAUUCGAAAAAGACAGACUAUAAGGGCAACACCAUUCUUCACCUGGCAUGUCUAGGGGGUAAUUUAGAUAUUGUCAAACAUCUGGUGGAGAAAGAGGGCUUAUCCUUACAAAGUUAUGGUCAGCACAAUAUGUUGCCGCUCAUGAUUGCAGCGGAGCGAGGGUAUGAAGAGAUGUUUAGGUACUUUGUAAAAAAAGACACUAAUCUGGAUGGUCUGGACCGGAGCCACAUACAUUUCCACCAUGAUGGCUGGUACCACAAUUGUUCUUCUAAACAAUGUGCCGCAAUGCGUGUCUACUUCGAGAUAAUAUAUCAUCGAUACAUGACAUUCUUAAAGAAAACAUUCAUAACUUAAGCCGUCGCUGCAAUUCGCUGUGCAGAAAUACACCACAAACAAACAACGUUAAACAAGCUUACAGAAAAUAUUGAUUGUUGCAAGACUUUCGUUGAACCUUGACUGAGUGGACAUCUCAUCCUUAACUACUGGCAUGUCUAGGGGGUAAUUUAGAUAUUGUCAAACAUCUGGUGGAGUAUGAGGGCUUAUCUUCACAACGUCAGGCCCAGCACAAUAUGUUGCCUUUCGUGAUUGCAACGGAGCGAGGGUACGAAGAGAUGUUUAGGUACUUUGUAAAAAGAGUGUCUACUUCAAGAUGAUAUAUCAUCGACACUUGACAUUCUUGAAGAAGUCAGUUAGAACUUAAGCCGUCGCUGCAAAUCGCUGUGCAGAAAUACACCACAAACAAACAACGUUAAACAAGCUUACAGAAAAUAUUGAUUGUUGCAAGACCUUCGUUGAACCUUGACUGAGUGGACUUUGCAAUUGCAAGGGAUUCGGAUUUUCAAACGGGAAAUCUAAAAAUAAUCCUUAACGACUUGAAAGAAAUUGGCCUGUAUCAUAAAUUUUAAAUACUAGACUGUAUCUGAAUAAUUAAUUGUUUUUUUAAAGAUUUGGUGUCGCUUUUCGCCCGUUUCAAACAGUUGUAAAUAGUAGUGGUAUGUUCAAAUAUUUCACAAAUUUGCUUUUGAUUAUGACUUGUGUAUUUAUAUAACGUGCUUGUAGAUAUUAUAAAUGUUCUCGUCUCUAUAUUGCUGAGAUAAUGCCGAUGCGACGUUAAAAUGUAACUCAUUAACUUCCAUUAAACGAACGUAUUUAAUAUCGUCACUAUGGAGGUGAUGUGAUUUGGGACUAUGAAAUACUAUUGAUUGUCCUGUAUCUCAUGCAGUUUAUACAACUUGCCCAGCUUGUGUGUUUCCAGUUGUGUUUUCUAAGUGAAGAGGGGAAGGGGGAAGGGGGGACACGGGUGGCCCAGUCGUCUAGGGCGCCGCAAUUCGCUGU